AUGAUAAAACAGCCUCUAUCAUUAACAUCAUCUCUAUUGCUAUUGAUUUCAUUUUUAAGUUGCAGUGUAGAUUCAUCACAAACACCUCCAACCACUUUGACAACAUUCUAUCAAAGUAACGUUACACAAGUAGACUUGAUCACAGGUGAAACACUUUAUAAUUUUCCUAUUCAACAAAAUCUUCGUGUGUUUUCGUUGUUCCAAUGUUCUGGUGAUGAUUAUAUAAUAUUAACUUUUGAACUUAGUGAUUUUGGUUCUUAUAAUAUUUCUAUUUUGGAUAUUGAAUCCAAGACAUUAACAACCAAAGCUCAAUUCACAGUCCCUCAUAAUUUUUAUGUUUCCUAUCAAUUUAACUCAAUUGAUCUUUCGAGUGGUCAAGCAUUCACCGCAACAUGUGACGAAGAUCUGAUCCCACGUAUAUCAAUCUUUAAUUUGAAUAAUCAAUCUGCUUAUGAUAUACGUCUCACUGAGAUGAGUUGUUUAAAUAGAGCUCUCGGACAAUAUGAUAGCAGCACACAAACCUACUAUAUUUACAGUGAUGAAUCAAGAACACAGCUAACUUUUGGUGAGUACUCAUUGGUGACCAAUAGCUUAACUCAACGACAGUACCCAUACAAGAUGGAGGGCUAUGGUUAUGUCCAACAAGUUUUUAUCUAUCAAUCCACUCUCUAUCUUUGUGUCCUCCAACCUUACUUUUUUGAAAUUAUAGCGAUAGACAUUGGCACAAACAAAAUGCAAAAAAUGAAGUUGACGGCAGAUAAACUCAUUGAGUCAUAUCCAGAUCUAUCUACUGUCAAAACUAUCAUUUACACAGAGAAGGGUGUCGAUGCUAUUGGUGAUCUUAGCAGUUGUUUGGACCUAAAGAAGAUCGAUCUCUCAAAGAAUGAGAUGACCGCAUUCCAAGGUUUGAAAGACGUUCUCUCUCUUGAGCAUCUAAACGUAUCACACAACAAACUAGAGCGUAUGUUUGAUGUUAAAGCAAUGACAAAACUUAAAGUAUUCAAUGGUUCGAAUAAUAAUAUAAAGAGAAUAGAAGGUGUUAUGAAGCUAUCGAAUUUGAAUGCUUUGAUUUUGAAUAACAAUAAGAUUGGAAUGAUCGAGAACAUGGAGUAUCUAACCAGUCUAAACACAUUGGUAUUGUCACACAACCAGAUAGAGCAUAUUCAAGGAAUCAAAUUCCUAAAGGAACUUACAAAGCUGUCCAUUUCAAAUAAUGAAAUCAAACAUCUACCUGAUAUUAGUACAAAUCUAAAGCUUAAAGAACUUAGAGUUGCAAAUAACAAGAUAUUUACUAUUGAUCCAAAGAUUAUGAUGUUGUUCAAUCUUCAAAUCAUUGAUUUAUCUCAUAAUUUGAUUCAAUCAUACAAGGAUAUUGAACCAUUGUCAAAGCUAAAGAGUUUAAAGAGUCUCAGUUUAAUUGGAAACAAGAUCACAACGUUAGAGGAUUACAAGGAGAAGAUGAAGGAGAUGUUCCCACAAUUGGAUAGCUUGGACGGUAAACCAUUCUCUGAGAGUCUUAUCAACAAGCACAAGAAGAGAAAGGAGAAUACCGAGAAGAGAGAGUUUAUCACAAAGAGAAAAGAAAGAAUAGAACUCUGUCAACUAAAGAAAUUACAAAAGAAAGAUGAAUCUGAUAAUAGUGAUAAUAGUGAUAAUAGUGAUAGUAAUGACAAUAGUGGUGACAGUGACAAUGAUAGCGAGAGUGACAGCGACAGAGAACAAAAGAAGAGAACUAUGAUCAAUAACAAAAAGAAACAGCAACAACAACCAAUUGAUAAUAAAAAGAAAACAUUUGUAAGAGAUCAGCCAAUGAAAAGAGAUAAUAAUAAUCAUAAGAAUAGAGAAGAAAGAGAUAACAAUAUAAAUAAGAAACCAAUAAGAACAAGAGAUAAUAAUAAUAGCAGUAAAUUCGAAAAGAAAAACAACAUUAAUUUAAAGAGAAAGAAUAGAGAUGAAGAAGAUAGUAAUGAAGAUCAAGAAGUAGUGACACCAAAGAAGAAGUUUGAAAAGAAGAUCAAUAAUAGUAAUAAUAAUAAUACAAAAGAAAAGAAGAUUAGUAAAAUUGAUAAUAAUAAUAAUAAUAAUACAGAUAAACCAAAGAAGAAACAAAAGAAAGAGGAAGUUAAAGAGAGUGACUUUGUUAGCUUUGGUGAUAGAAUUAAGAGUAUGGAUACUGGUGAUGAUAGUACUACCGAUGAUCUCAAGAAGAAAGAGAACAACAAGAAGAAGAAACCUGUCAAGUUACAACAGACACCAGUUGCACUUCCAUCGAAUUCAAAGGAUGACUUGGUUUCGUUUGCCGAUAGUGACGAUGAAGGUGCACCACGUACACAACAACCACAAUAUCAAUAUAAAUUUGCAUCAUCUACUUCGACACCUGCAAAAUCCAAUAAAGAUGACGAUGACGACGAUAAACCAAAGCAACAAAAACAACAACAACAACCAAAGAAACAGAAUAAAAAACAACAAAAAGAGAGUACAACAACAACAACUGUGGCUAAAGGUAAAAUCAAUGCUGAUGACGAUGAUCUUGUAAAGGAAUAUGAAGCAAUCAAGAAGAAACAACAACAAGAAAACAAACAAAAAGAUAAAGUACAAAAGAAACAACAGCAACAACAACAACCACCAGUCAUUGAAAAGAAACAAGAAGAAUCAAAGAAGAUAACAAUAGAAGAUUUAAUGGGAUUUGCAGAUGAUGAUUUCUAA